UUGAGGGUGAGUAAAUGAUGAUGACAGAACCAAUGACUUCCCUAGUUAAAUAAAGGUGAAUAAUUAUUUUCUAGAAUAUAGGCACGAUUGCAAGUUUAAUAGAAUCAAAAUCAAACAAAGUUAUAUUUUAUUAAUUACCAAACGUGUACCUCUGUUGAACUCAAAUGAACGUGUUUUAGUAUGUGAACAAUAUUUUCAGUUUUGACACUCAUGUUCUUUUUCUUUAUUUUUUCAAUAAUAGGCAUGUUCCAUAUUGUGUCUUUUUUGGAAACAAAUGAGGUGGAAGUGGUGCCCAGCAGUUGGGUAGAUGGUGACCAAUGUGUCUGGCCACACCUAAGAGGGGAGAGCCUCACAAAGGCUGUGAAACUUGCAAUGAAACCCAAGAAAGAGUGGAAAAUUUUUAAAGUAAAACUUCUCUACACAACAGACAACUAUGAUGAUGCCAGGAAAAAGCUCCCUGAAGCAGAACUCUUUUCUGACAUUCAAUCUGAUAGAGAGAGUGGGGCUAAAAAACCUAGACGAAUUAUUUUUGCUAAGGGAGAUAUUGACAAAACAAGAAAUGAUUCUAGACCAGCAAAACAGAAUUAUGAGAAUUCUACAGUCAACACAUCACACAAGGCCUGAUGUCCAUGAUGGGGCCAAGUUCAGAGAUCGUUUUCCUGUCAAAGAUGUAGAGUCUCUCCAGUGCCUGGAGGCUGAGCUGAAGAUGAACCCUGAUUCUAAAUCAGAAUUGACUACCUAUCUGGGUCUGGUUGGUGGCUUUGACCUGAAAGACACCGUGUGGAGAGUGCUGAAAGCCACUUUUACAACUGCAUUGGCACGUGGUAUGAAUUGGAGAGGAGUUAAUGGGAAGAUUGGUGUCCAAUGCCUGGUCGUAAAGGAAGUUGUCAUUGGUGCAGUCAGGCAGAAUCCUUUUACUGGAAAAGCCUCAGAUAAAGACAUUGAAUUCAACAUCAUUAAAUGGUUGCACCUCGCUGGAGACAGAGAGGGGGGUAGGAGGGAGCGAUUAAAGAAACGUGAGGCCCAACAACACAUUGCCGACCCUCAUUAGAGACGUCCCUGCACAUCAACACACUUCUCAACUUACCUUUCAAGUUUCAUUAACUUUAUCAAUUUCUCUUUAAAGUUUUUUGUACAAGUUACUCUGAAUUUUUUUCUGUGAUUUUUAUUACUCUCAGAGUUGAACAUAACAUUAAUACAUGCUUUAAAACAGGAAUUUUGGGUUAAAAAUUAAAUAGUUUUUGCCUCUUUGAAUGUUACUUAUAUUAUUAUUAUUUAUUCUUAAUGUUUCAACUAAA